AUGGGGGUCGCGUUUGUCGCCUCCUUCGCGUUGUGGUCAGGUUGCUAUCAUUUCUUCGUGAGACCGUUCAAGGAGACUGAUGCCACAGAGCAGGAUGCCUCCCUCACGGUUGCAGAGGCAAAGAUGCACAGGGUGUACGAUUGGUUGAAUUGCAAUCCUGUCUUUGCGCUGAAGUGUAGGUACUAUUUCCAAGAUGUUGGAGGAGAGGAUCAGGGACUUUUAAGAGGACACCCUUUGGCUUGCGGGGAAAACCCUGCUGCAGUGCGCUUCUACGAGAUAGGCAAGGAGUACCUAUUUUUGAGAGUGCAACGCCAGUACAUGAUCGAGUACCACCUAUCGAACUUUCUGGAGCCAGACUACUGGACUGACAUUGGAAGUUCGGGGGUCGCAAGGAUGAUGGCCCCUUUGUUGGCUCACCUCGUCCCGGUGAAGACCAGACUCAAGUCGGCUUACGAGCAGGUAGAUCUUGCGUACCGACGUGGUGUAGGGAACGAGGGAUAUUCGAGUGCGCCUCUCAUUCCGUGA